AUGACUAGUAAUUCCUCGACUGCUAGGAAUGAUUUUUUCAAAGAGCUCAAACCACGAUGCGUCGCCAUCAACAAUCUAACCGUCCGUGCAUCUGACAAGAGAGCUAAUGCUAGGGAGUUAAUCAAUGUGGUCGAAGACCUCUCUGCAAUUCUUGAUCGUCAAACAUCUACCGACGAAACUGUUUUGGAUGAAAAGCUUGCAGAUUACAUCUUUUUCCCACUCUCUAAUAUUCUGCGGCACCAGCAGGAAUAUCCUAUCCGGUUAACAGAGUUGACCAUCAGAUGCCUGCGGACAUUAAUUCAUUAUGGAUGGAGAGCCAAGAUUCCUACUGAGCUUUCCCAACAGCUCCUCAUAUUUCUUACCUUCGUUGUUGGCGGUGUUCCCGGCCAAGAAAGGACAGAUCAAAUUCCAGAGGAGACGGAACUAGAAGCACUCAAGGUGUUAGCCGAGUUGAUUAAAGCCACUGGUUCCUCAGUUACCGGAGCAGCUGCAUUAGUAGAGGCAAAUGCGAUACCCGCCUUGGGGCAUGCCGUCACUGUUAUACUAGAUAGUAUUACGGAUGGCAAAACUCCAGACAUCAGACUUGAGGGGUUAAGAGCGCUAGAUGCCCUCCUAGUCGCAAUCAGAGACCAAACUGCCUUGGCUACUUUUCUCCCUGGAAUAGUAUCAUCUCUCAGCAGGCUACUUACACCACCUGCGGCAUAUAAGCAUCAGAGAAGAGUCUUGGUUGGCGGUAUCAAUGCCCUGAAAGAUAUACUCACUAGGGUGCUAGGAGAUAUAAAGGUUAUGGGCAUAAUACAGAAGCAAGCAACAGGAGACAGCGAAACCGCGAGCGAGGGCAAAGUCCUAUCACCAUCAUGGUUAAGAGCAACCGUAUCCAAGGUAAAACUUGCUCUUGCGAGCGUGCUGAAGCUGCGGAAUGCCGAUUCUGACGACAUACGGGUCGCCCUAGAAAAAUUAUGCAUCAGCCUUUUAGACGAAUGCCAUGAAUCUCUUGCGGAAUGCGCAUCCAUACUUGUCGAGAGCGCUAUGAUACUAGCAAAUGAAGAAAAGGAGAAAUCCUUCUUCGAAACGAGCCUAACUGACCUAGCUAGGAUUCACCCGGAACUCGGAGACACGAUCAAGACUACAGUAUACAACUGGGUUACAAGCCUUCCUCGGAUAGUGCAAUCCAGCGAUGAUAGGAUCAAACAACAAGAGAUUCGGAACCUCAUCAAAGGUCAGCAUUUUAUCACAACGCUUCAGAUUGACUCGUCCAUUUUAGAAGACUCGCUAGCUGCCUCGCUGAGGGAUAGUACCACCGCACUUGUCCUAGCAUCGAAAUCAAGUGGCAUGUCGGAGCUUGCUUCAGAUGCUAUUGAGUUAAACAUGGAUGUGGUUAGGCGGGAUGGGUCCGAUAACUUCCCGCCAAUACUCAUUGCACAAGAAACAGAAAGGUCUACGCGAACGGCGCUCCUCGAAUUUAUCUCGAAAGUUGGAUCAAUCUCUCAGCAAGGUAAACUGGCUGAUGAUUUACUGGCUUACGUUCGCGACUCUACGGGGCCUAGCCAGGUUGUCUCGUAUUGGUUAACCUUCGAGCUGAUCAAGUCGAGCUUAUCUCAGCCCUCUGACCUAGAUGACUUCCUUGACUUAAGCUCCGCAAAUGGUAUAACAGAUGAGACUGAGCCUAUUUUUCAAGAACUCUACUCUUUCUCUGUCGCGGUCCUAGAUUCCCAGGCAGAGGCAGAAGAAGUUGACUGGCGACUACAAGCUCUGGCUUUAGAAGUUACCACUUUUGCGGCUUCUAGGAUGAAAGAAAGCUUUCGCCCGGAGCUCAUUGACGUGCUGUACCCUAUCACAACAUUUUUGGGUUCUGGGGUGCCCAAGUUACGGGAUCAUGCGAUCAUCAGUCUCAAUAGCAUUGCCGCGGCAUGCGGAUAUUCUAAUGUCACAGAUCUGAUCAUUGAGAAUGUUGAUUAUAUGGUUAACUCGGUAUCCUUACGUUUGAAUACUUUUGAUAUCUCCCCUGCGUCGACCCAAGUUUUACGAAUGAUGAUAAAACUUACUGGUCCGAAAUUAAUACCAUAUCUUGACGACGUGAUCUCUUCGAUCUUCGCGGCUCUCGACAACUACCACGGAUACCCUUUAUUUGCAGAAAGCUUGUUUAGUGUCCUCGCGGAAGUAGUACAGCAAGGGACACACUCCGAUCAUUUACUUGUAGAUGAAGUAAAGUCAUCGGCCCAGAGCCACAAGAAAGCUUCACAAGGAAUUGCUACGAUCGAUAACCUUUGCGAUAUCCUCUCCAGCCGGAUAGAAAGACAAGAAAAACAUCGACUCGAGGAACUCGGGCACGAAACGAUCGAGCCUCAUCCAGAACGCCCCUGGAAAGAGACAAGUUCGGCCGCGUCUGACGCUAAUGAAGACGAAGAAGAACCCAGCACCGAAGUCGAAAAACCCCCACCACCCAAAACACCCACAUUCAAGAUUCUCACCCGAAUAACCGACCUAACGCAGCAUUACCUCACGUCGCCCUCACCAACGCUACGGAAGUCACUCUUAGAUCUGCUAACUACUGUGUGCCCGGCGCUCUCACCUGACGAGGAGGCAUUCUUACCCCUUGUCAACUCAGUCUGGCCCGUUCUAGUGGAGAGAUUAUACGACUCAGAACCGUUCGUCGUGAUCUCUGCCUGCAAAGCGCUAGCUUCGCUCUGCGCGAGUGCCGGCGAUUUCCUCAACACGAGGAUCAAAACGGAAUGGUGGGAUAGGCUCGGCGGGUGGUGCAGGAAAGUAAAGGCAGACGCGACGCAGUCGAGAAAUAAAGGAAAAGCUAGAACCAGAGCGAAUCGCGACGACAAGCACGACCGCGAUAUACUCAUACCGGGCAAGGAGCCGAGCAAGGCUGUCGAGGCCGUGCCGGGCGCGGGCCUAGGCAGAUUCACCCAGGCUGCGCAGACUUGGGAGGCGGUGCAGGAGCUUCUCGUCGCCGUCGUGUCGUUUGUUCAGAUUGAUGCCGACAUAUUCGAUCAGAUACUCCUGUUGCUGGCGGACACACUACCCACCAAUCGCGAGGCUAAGGCUGCGUUGGAGGCAGUAGAUCCUGAUGCCGUGUGGCUCUCGAUGUAUGAGCGAGGGAUGGUAGAGCCAAUGGAAAAGCCUGUUUUGCCUGGGGUUACUUUUGUUAAUCUGUAA